AUGGCACACAAAAAUAAAGAGGCUGAGACGGAACAGCCCUUCUGGUACUCGGUACUCGGUACUCGGACUGUCUUUGCUCUCAUCAUCAUCAACAAGGCCGGCGGCCUGGUCUACAACAAGACGUUCCACGAUGGCGGUCUGCGCAAGAUCAGCACCAACGAUUACCUGGUCCUUGCUGGUACUUUUCACGGCGUCCACGCCAUCACCGCCAGGCUCAACCCCAUCAAGCCCGUCACUCCUCAUCCCGGCACCAACGGCGUGGCGAUGCGCCCGGAGCCCUCCUCGGGCCUAGAAGUCCUGGAAACGGAAAACUUUCGAUUGCAGUGCUUCAACACCAUCACCGGGACCAAGUUCCUCUUGUUUACGGACUCUACGCAGACGAAUGUGGAUGUGACGAUUCGGCGAGUAUACGACUUGUAUUCCGACUACGUCAUGAAGAACCCAUUUUAUUCCUUGGAGAUGCCUAUUCGGUGUGAUAUUUUCGAUCGGAAAUUGCUGUCGUAUAUUAGAGAGAUUAAUAAUCGGUAA